ACAAGUGACCCUGUCCAGAGAAGGAGAGGGGCGAAGGAGGGAGCUAUUUAAAGAAAGCUGGGAAGUCUCCUCUCUCGACUGGUUUUUCCUUUCCUCCUCCUGCGUUCCUUCCAUCCAGCCCCCGGCGCCCCGGGCUGACGAAAAUGGGGAAAGGGGUUGGGCGGGAGUAUUCGCCAGCGGCAACCACCUCCGAGAAUGGCGGUGGCAAAAAGAAGCAGAAGGAGAAAGAGUUGGACGAGCUGAAGAAGGAGGUGAACCUGGACGAUCACAGGCUGUCCCUGGAUGAAUUGGGCAGGAAAUACCAGGUGGAUCUGUCCAGGGGUCUGACCAACACCCGCGCAGCCGAGAUCCUGGCACAGGAUGGCCCCAACGCCCUCACUCCUCCCCCGACCACCCCCGAGUGGGUCAAGUUCUGCCGCCAGCUCUUCGGGGGCUUCUCCAUCCUGCUGUGGAUUGGCGCCAUCCUCUGCUUCCUAGCCUACAGCAUCCAGGCCGUGAUGGAGGACGAGCCGGCCAACGACAACCUGUACCUGGGCGUGGUGUUAGCUGCUGUGGUCAUAGUCACCGGCUGCUUCUCCUACUACCAGGAGGCCAAGAGCUCCAAGAUUAUGGAUUCCUUCAAAAACAUGGUACCACAGCAAGCCCUGGUGAUCCGGGAGGGCGAGAAGAUCCAGAUCAACGCCGAGAACGUGGUGGUGGGAGACCUGGUGGAGGUGAAGGGGGGAGACCGGGUCCCUGCUGAUCUGCGCAUCAUCUCCUCCCACGGCUGCAAGGUAGAUAACUCCUCCCUGACGGGCGAGUCGGAGCCGCAGACCCGCUCCCCCGAGUUCACCCACGAGAACCCCCUGGAGACCCGCAACAUCUGCUUCUUCUCCACCAACUGUGUGGAAGGCACUGCCCGGGGCAUCGUCAUCUCGACCGGGGACCGCACAGUGAUGGGCCGCAUCGCCUCGCUGGCUUCGGGGCUGGAGGUGGGCCGCACCCCCAUCGCCAUGGAGAUCGAGCACUUCAUCCAGCUCAUCACCGGGGUGGCCGUCUUCCUGGGCCUUUCCUUCUUCAUCCUCUCCCUCAUCCUCGGCUACACCUGGCUGGAGGCCGUCAUCUUCCUCAUCGGCAUCAUCGUCGCCAACGUCCCGGAGGGGCUCCUGGCAACCGUCACGGUGUGUCUGACCCUCACCGCCAAGCGCAUGGCGCGCAAGAACUGCCUGGUGAAGAACCUGGAGGCGGUGGAGACGCUGGGCUCCACCUCCACCAUCUGCUCCGACAAGACGGGCACCCUGACCCAGAACCGCAUGACGGUCGCCCACAUGUGGUUCGACAACCAGAUCCACGAGGCUGACACCACCGAGGACCAGUCCGGUGCAACCUUCGAUAAGCGCUCACCCACCUGGGCAGCCCUGGCCCGCAUCGCCGGCCUGUGCAAUCGAGCCGUCUUCAAGCCAGGCCAAGAGAACGUCUCCAUCUCCAAGAUCCUCGACCGCUGCUCCACCAUCCUGGCGCAGGGCCAGGAGCUGCCCCUGGACGAGGAGAUGAGAGACGCCUUCCAGAACGCCUACCUCGAGCUGGGCGGGCUGGGGGAGCGAGUGCUGGGCUUCUGCCACCUCAACCUGCCCCAAGACAAGUUUCCCCGGGGGUUCAAGUUUGACGCGGACGAGGUCAACUUCCCCACCACCGGCCUGUGCUUCGUGGGGCUCAUGUCCAUGAUCGACCCGCCCCGGGCGGCUGUGCCGGAUGCGGUGGGCAAGUGCCGGAGCGCAGGGAUUAAGGUGAUCAUGGUGACCGGCGACCACCCCAUCACCGCCAAGGCCAUCGCCAAGGGCGUGGGCAUCAUCUCCGAGGGCAACGAGACGGUGGAGGACAUCGCGGCCCGGCUCAACAUCCCCGUUACCCAGGUCAACCCCAGGGAAGCCAAGGCCUGUGUGGUGCAUGGCUCUGACCUCAAGGACAUGACUCCGGAGCAGCUGGACGAGAUCCUCAAGAACCACACGGAGAUUGUCUUUGCCCGCACCUCCCCCCAGCAGAAGCUCAUCAUCGUGGAGGGCUGCCAGAGGCAGGGGGCCAUCGUGGCCGUGACAGGGGAUGGCGUGAACGACUCACCCGCCCUGAAGAAGGCCGACAUCGGCAUCGCCAUGGGCAUCGCUGGCUCCGACGUCUCCAAGCAGGCGGCCGACAUGAUCCUGCUGGACGACAACUUCGCCUCCAUCGUGACGGGGGUGGAAGAAGGCCGCCUGAUCUUCGAUAACCUCAAGAAAUCCAUCGCCUACACGCUGACCAGCAACAUCCCAGAGAUCACCCCCUUCCUGCUCUUCAUCAUCAUCAAUAUCCCGCUGCCCCUGGGCACCGUCACCAUCCUCUGCAUCGACCUGGGCACCGACAUGGUCCCCGCUAUCUCCCUGGCCUACGAAGCCGCAGAAAGCGACAUCAUGAAGAGGCAGCCGCGGAACCCCAAGACGGACAAGCUGGUGAAUGAGCGACUCAUCAGCAUGGCCUACGGGCAGAUCGGUAUGAUCCAGGCCCUGGGCGGGUUUUUCACCUACUUUGUGAUCUUGGCGGAGAACGGGUUCCUGCCGUCCACCCUGCUGGGCAUCCGUCUGGACUGGGACGACCGCUCCAAAAACGACCUGGAGGACAGCUACGGGCAGGAGUGGACCUACGAGCAGCGCAAGGUGGUGGAGUUCACAUGCCACACGGCCUUCUUCGCCAGCAUCGUGGUGGUGCAGUGGGCCGACCUCAUCAUCUGCAAGACCCGGAGGAACUCCGUCUUCCAGCAGGGCAUGAAGUCGCAGUCCCUAGGGCUCCCCCCCGCAGAAUCCCCCCAUGGCACAGCCCCUAACGCUCCCCCUGCCCCCCACAGGGUCACUUGGUGGUUCUGCGCCUUCCCCUACAGCCUGCUGAUCUUUGUGUACGAUGAAGUGCGGAAGCUGAUCCUGCGGCGCUAUCCUGGUGGCUGGGUGGAGAAGGAGACGUAUUACUGAGCUGGGCCAGCCAGGCGGCUCCUCUCUCCACGUCGCUGCUCCGCCGAGGCCGCCUGGCACCACCGCAAACCUUAGAGCAGAAUGGGGGGAGGGAAGGGGGGCAUCAGCAGCACACGCUGCGCUGUGUAGAUCUAACGCGUAGGCACUAACCCUGCCGGGACGAGGGGACGAGACCCCGGAUCCCUGCCCUGGUAGCUAGGCGGGGAGGUAGGCGGAGCAGGCUUGACCCCAAUUGGCCCCUGCUGAUUUCCAUGUGGGGAGGGGGGCUGGCUUGAUGACACAGAGACCCUGGACGGGCCUAUGGGGGAGAGAGGGCAGCCAAGCUCUGGUGGGUCCCAGCCGGACUCUGUGGAGCCAGCAGCCCUUGGCCAGAGAAAGAGGGAGUGAGUGUGUGGGGUGGGGGGGCACCCUAGGGCCCCUGGUGUGAGGAUGAAAGGCACCCCCAGGUAGGGUGACCACCCGUCCCGAAUCAGGCAGGACAGUCCCGAAAUGCUGAGUUCAAGCCCCGGUCCAGGACUGAGGUAGGCCUUAGCCCCCCAUUGCCACAAGGCCCCGCCCCUGCUCCUCCUCUCCCCUCCCCCGCCAAGGUCUCGCCCCCUGGCCA